AUGGAAGGGAUAGUGUUUCAGUACCACAUCAGCUGCACUUUCAGCGAAACCGUACCCCCCACCCUCCAGCCUCAAGACCAAGACAACUUCGCCCCUUCCUCAAAACCUUUUCAACUCAUUUGGGAAAGCGGUUUUGGUGUUUUAGUUACAUUUGGCGCCUGUAAAUGGAAGCUAUCGGGCGUCAAAGAAAGCGUAGGGAUCCAUGGAGCCCUUUACCUGAUAUCUUCCUUCUUCGCCUCCUCCAGUAUUAUCAUACCUUUCCUAUUCUCAGUAAUGGCAUUGAUAGGAAUGGCAGCAUUAGGGAGAAGAUGCAAGAGGUUAUUUAGACUCCGUGGUUCAGCUCCAGCCUUUGUGAUUACAAAUCUAUUCUUCAUUUGGUGUUCUUAUGUGAUUGUAAUUCGACAAGCUGUCUCUUCUUUAUUGGACAUUGUCUUCAAUGUAGAGCUUAUUAUGCUCCAAAUUGGUCUAUAUAGAAUCCUAUCAGGUGAUCCUGGUUUUGUUAAAUUGCUAAAUGUUGAUGAUGAGAGUCCAUUAUUACUUCAAAGGGUAAGACAUUGUAAGCAUUGUGAUGCAUAUGUUAAGGGAUUUGAUCACCAUUGUCCUGCUUUUGGGAAUUGUAUAGGCCAAAACAAUCAUCUACUUUUCAUGAUUCUCCUAACAGGAUUUAUAACAGCUGAGGCUUGUUACAUCAUGGGUGCAUCUCAAAUUUUGUCCGAGAGUAAACAGAAGAAGGGUGGUUGGAAUGAAACAUUAGUUUCUAGCACAAUGAUAUUUUCCAUUCUGCAAGUGUUAUGGCAGGGGGUAUUUCUGGCAUGGCAUAUAUAUUGUGUGUGUUUCAAUAUCAGAACAGAUGAGUUUAUACACUGGAAAAGAUAUCCAGAGUUCCAGCAUAUUGUAGAGCUUCAACCAGGGGAGACGAUAACAACAACAAAGUUUAUAAAUCCAUAUGACAAAGGAAUUUUGCAGAAUUUGAAGGAGUUCAUUGAUGCCAGAGGCUAAGUGAAUUGAAGUUUAUUGUAUAUGGUGUUUAUAGAGAAUUAUUAUCUGUUGUGAUGGAGCUGUUGAUGAUGACAUGGAAAACAUCAUUGUUGCUUAGCUUCUAUAUGUUGAUGUUAUUGAAUCUAACAAGGAUAUUGUGAUGUAUGUGAACUCUCUUGGAGGAUUGAUGGUAUGCCCAUCUUUGAUACCAUGAAGCAUAUGUGAAACAAGGUGUCCCUUAUUAGCAAUGUAGUAUCAGGUUAUAUAGUUAGGGAAAACCU